CUCCACAGUUAGCUUCCUCAGUUAAACGGAAAAGAGUGAUUUUUGCUUUAUUACCCAAGUUAUAGAUAUCCUCUCCCCGUGUAUGUGACAAUAUAUUAUAUUAUGGAUUGAUGAAUGAAAUACUUUUUGUUUUCAAUAGCAACAAAAUUUAGAAAUGAUGAUCAUGAACAAACAAUCAUCAAGUCAACGACGACGUUGUUAACCACCGUGCCGUAGUUAACUAAGUACCGGUAAGUAGUUACUUAGAAGUAUAAUAUAAGUAAGUCUUAGACCAACUAAGCAAGUAGUAAGUGCAAAUGUAAGACCCAAAAUAAGGUAUUACUACCCUCAGUCACUAGUUCUAAGUGACGGGAAGACCGAAUACUCAAGUACGGGUCCACAAACUGCCGCCUGCGUGCGGGCCACACCUGACCCACCAAGGGUCCUUAACCAGGCCCACCCCCAGCUGUGAAAUGUAUGUAAUCGUACAUUGACCAUGCCAUCUUCUUAGACAAGGCCUUCACAACAUACGUCCCGCCAGCACCCACUUGGGGGGCCGUGUAGUAACUUAGUAACAAAAUAUUCUUUAUUAUUAUUUUCUUAAUUAAUAAUAGCUUUCGCCCCUCUCGCUCUCCUAUUAUCAUUCAGCCUGCACAAAUUUUUCAUCAAGUAUUACGGCCUGCACGAGUUUUCAUUACGUAUUAUGGUCCACCUUACAUUUUUGAGUUGUGCCGGCCUGUCUUAGACUUAAGCCAAGCAGACCCAUUAUUUUAUAUUGAAAUACUAAUAACUUUAUUUUGAUUGCUAUUGUCUUUAAUUUUAAAUAAUGAAUAAUGUAUUGUUUUUUUCCACCCGUUUUGCACUACAUAUAAAUAUAAGAUAUUUACAUAUGCAUAAGAAUUCGUCCAUGAUAUGGACCAUAUUUUUCUCAAACUAUGAAUCAUUGCCCAGCCCCCAACAGAACAAGGUUUGAGGGACAUGAACAGACCCUCUGUUUAAAAAGUUUGAGGACCCCUGGUAUAGAGUAUAGUACUAUGAUAAGGAUAUCUCAAUAUAGUUAUUGUAUGAUAAUAAAUAAAGUAUUGAAAUAAAGUAACAAACUAAAUUUAGUUUGUUUAGUUGUUAGAUAGAAUUACUCAAUUAGAGAAAAGCAAUAAAUAUAAAUUAUUUAUUUCUCACUUUUUAAAAUAAAAUUGGCGUAAAGCCUCUAAAGGGCUAAAUUUAACUCUAAUAGACAAACUAACUAAACAAAGACAAAUAUUAGGGCGCACAAAAUAUUAAACUGAUGUCUAGCUUAAAGAGUGUCUUGUUUCAUUGGAGUUCAGAUUUCCUUAGAAACCUCAUUAUUUUUAUUCUGUAUAUAUGGUGACUAACAUUACUUAUUAUUUCUGUAUGAUGAUAUAUCUCAGCUUUAGACAUUUAGGUAAGUCUCAGUGGAUGGGUGGAAAUAAAAUAAAUGAAAAGUUAACAAACAAGAUUAACUGUGUAGUUUGAUUGAUAAAAAAGUAAAAGUGUCAAAGUAAAAGUGUCAAAGCAAAAGAAGUCUAGCAAAGAACAACCCCUCAAUCAGCAAACAAAAAUAUUUUAAAACUUCCCUCCCCUCCCUUUAGGAAAAAAAAUAUUUUGAACUCAACAAAGUUGAAAUCCAAUCCCUUAUAAUCACUUUAUUUUCAAAAACUGAAGCCUACCUUAAAUCUUUCACUAUUAAUGUGGUGCCCAACUGUUACACAUAGCUAUAAUUAUGAGGUAUAUGCCUAAAUCAUGCAAUAAUAAAGUUAACACUCUGUAGCAUAGCCUAAGGAAACAGAGGUAGUGGCCGCAUCCUCUGAGACCAUUUUUCCAAAAAGGGGCCUUUUCAAGGAUAUAACAUUUUUUUACGCUUUAUUUUGAGAAAUUAAAAAAACUUAAUUUAAAAAAAAAUGUUCUUCAUCAGAGUAAUUACUAAAAAUAAAAAGCGAACACCACUUAAAAUGACUUUAAGAAAUAUUAUCGAAAUUUGACAAUGCUUGACUUGUCCCAUCGUUAAAAUUAGUGGGAAUCAAAAGGGAAUGGCAUAGAUAAGAAAGAAAGGCGCUUAUGGAAGGGUUUCUAUUGCAAUUGCAUGACGAUGAGCCACCAUUAUUAUCUGUGUGACAGUAACAUGUUGAAGAAAAAUAACGCUGAGAUCCAAGAAUGCAGGUUUUAGGAAGUCUGUAGCCUGGCAGAGCACUGAGUAUCUUUUUAAAAUUUAUUAUCAUUUAAGCUUAAUUUUUACCCAAAAAAUGCGUUAAAGAAUAUAGAGUAAUCUCCUAUUAUUAUCGACAGAAGUCUUGAUCUACUAACAAGUCAAUCAAAAUGUUACCUUUUAAGAAUUAAAAAAAAGAAAACAGAUAAGUAAUCUACAUAAAAAUCAUUCAUAUAAAUUUAAUAAAUGAUUUUGUAAUUUUAAAAAAUCCCCAUGAUAUAAUUCAAUUUUUCACUUUCUUUACAGAGUGCAGGAGAAGAGAUAUAAGAGUUUUGUAACAAGAAAGUCAUCUCUAAAUCUUUCACAGACUGAGAUAGUUAUGGCAGUAGCAAGUGCACGCUCAAAAUUCCACUUUUACAAUUCUAUGACAUGUCUUCUGACAGCCUUAGAAGGAAAAGUUAUUACUGUGGAGAUUCGUAAUGAUAAAGUUAUUGAAGGCAUACUGGAUCUUGUAGAAGCAGAUAUGAAUCUGAACAUGUCCAAUGUAGUUCUCACAGAUGUGUUAGGUAGAUCUACACGCUUAACAAAGUUUUAUAUCAGAGGUCGACAAAUUCGUUUUGUGCAUAUCCCAGAUGAGGUUGACAUUAUUAAGGCUAUGCAAUGGCAGAUUGACAAGACGGAAUACUAUAAAGGUCAGGAGAGAAAAGACAGAGAGAAGAUCAUGGACAGACGGCAGCAACUCAGGGAAAAGAAAAGUGCACAACUUCAAGCCCGUGAAAAAAGAAUGUAAUAUAGGGUUGGACAGAAAUUGAUGUUUGAAAAAUAAAUUGUUAUAAUUGCUUUUGUUAUGGACAUUUGUAAUAAUGGUUAUGUACAUUAAUAUUAAAAUAAAUUAUGAUACUAAUGUUAGAAUGUUAUUACUUAUUUUUAUUAAAUAAUUCAGGCCAUGGGCUUUGUGAAGAAUACAGUAUAUGUUGCUAAGUCUUUAACUUUAAGUUUA